UUGGUAGUGCAGUGAGCCGUGACCACAAUGCCAUGCAGAGCGAAAGCGCCGUUCCUUUCAGAGGAGUCGACUUUGAUUCGAUUCCAGUUUUCGUAGAUGACUCAGAUUGUCAAGAGCCUCCUCGUCGCCCCCGGAACCGACAAACCCUGGUUCCCCGCUCGCGCAGUGGCGAGCGAAAUGUUGCGACGGGACAAAGCCUGGAGCGACAAGCGAGUCAACGGGGAUUUCCAAACCUCAGGCAUCGAAGUUCUGCACCAGUGUCCAUCAAAAUUGAUGAUGACUUGGAGAUGAUCGUCUCGAACCUUCGCGUCCCGGCGCGCCCAGUCCGAGCUCGAACGGUUCGAGCCCUUCCAAGUAGGGCUGUGCGGCCUGACUUGCCAGCGCUGUACUUGGAAGUUGGACACUCAAGAUCUGAGCACUGCAGCUGUUGCCAUCAGAAUUUUGCUGCAGGAGAUGUGCGGCUGGGCUUCAUCAUGGAGCCCAACGUGAUCCCCCAAUGGGUGCACCUGGGCUGUCUUCGGCGAGCCAGGCUGCAGGCCGUCGGCGCACAGAUCGCCAUGGAUCCCCAGGUGAUGCUGGAGCACCGGCAGAAGGCGCUGAAGGACCUGGGGAGAAGGGGAAGACAUGCCCGUGAGAUUCAACCCUGGAACUACUUGAGAGCCUUUGGGCAUCAGUGGGAUACUGAACUGGUGCGUGAGACUGUUGAGGUUUCUUCAGAGGAGAAAGACAUUGCAGAAGUCCUGGCAUCCUUGCCAUGUGAGCAGCUUGAUGCCAGCAGGGACAUUUGUGCCAUUUGUCAUCAGACCAUGGCAGAAGGCGAAAUUGUGUGUUAUCUUCCCUGCGGCCACUUUUAUCACGUUGGCUGCAUUGAUGCUUGGUUGCGGAUCCGAACAACGUGUCCGCUUGACAACCGUGAGAUUCGAUCAAAAGACAUCCACGUUGCAAAUGUGUGA